AUGAAAGCGAUAAAAAAUCUUCAUUUAGACAACAUUACAAAUGACCUUCGACGCAACCUUAGUUCAGUAAAUACUAGAGGUUUAUAUUAUUCCAUUUUGGCAAAUUUUAGAGGAGUAUGGAAUGCAUUAAGUACUUUAACUUUGGAACAAAAUGAAGCAGCAAAGUAUUUAAAUAUUUGGGGAAGAAGCGAAGAUGUUGAUUUGGCUGAUGUAACAGAUAAAGUUGGUACUUUAUUAGUAAAAAUAUCAGAAGCCGAAGGAAUUUUAGCUAAUAAACUUGCACAAUAUCGUGCACAAUUGAAAGAAAUACGUACCAGAGAAGAUAGAAUGAAGGAGCAACGUAGUAAAAAAGAAGCAUUAUGGAAUAAAAUUGAAAGAGAAGAACGUAAACCAAAAAGAUCAGAUCUCGCCGAACAAAAAUUAAGCGAAUUACAUUCUGAGUUGAAUAGAGCUGAAUCAGAAAGUCUUGAAGAGGAAACAGCUUUGGCAGACUUUAAGAGACAAAGACUGAGAGAUGCUUUAACAUUACAAUUGGAAUCAUUUUAUGAAUUUGGAGAAAAAUUAAUAAUGAUUACAGGAUUUUGCAAAGAAAUUGUUGAUCAAAUUCCUAUAGAAACCACUACACCUGGUGAACCGAGAGCUCCUUAUUAUGGAAAAGAUAAAACAACAACAUCAUUUUCAAAUUGUAUUUCAUCUCUUUCUUCAUGGACAACACCACAAGAACUUUAUCCAAUAGUUCCACAAAGAACACACGCCGAUCCAGUCCCUGAUGCCAUUGUCAUGAGUGCAUUUAUUAUUUUGGGAUGUUUGCUUGAAUCAUCUUGA